CUCGACGGCUGACCCGUCGCGGGUCUUGGGCUCCUGGGGAGUGACGAAGUCCCCAUCCCACGUUCCACUGCCACCAACCUCAGCCGGCGUCGGCGCCGCCCGCAUCGUUCAACCCCCGUGCCCGGCCGUCGUUUACCCGCCGUUCGCACGCGCGCGUCCCUCUCCCUCCUUUUAUCACCUCUCUCGAGUCCCAGCAGGAUCGGCCUCAGCGCAGCUCCGCCCCCAAAUCUAUCCACCCCGAUUUCUCCACCCCAUGGACCUACCCAAGCCGCCGUCGACGGCCGCCUCGUCGUCGGGGGCGGAGACGCCGAACCCGCACGCCUUCACCUGCGAGCUCCCGCACUCGAUCUACGCGCUCGCCUUCUCCCCCGGCGCGCCCGUCCUCGCCUCCGGCAGCUUCCUCGAGGACCUCCACAACCGCGUCUCCCUGCUCUCCUUCGACCCCGUCCGCCCCUCCGCCGCCUCCUUCCGCGCCCUCCCGGCGCUCUCCUUCGACCACCCCUACCCACCCACCAAGCUCCAGUUCAACCCGCGCGCCGCCGCGCCGUCCCUCCUCGCCUCCUCCGCCGACACGCUCCGCAUCUGGCACGCCCCGCUCGACGACCUCUCCGCCACCGCCUCCGCGCCCGAGCUCCGCUCCGUUCUCGACAACCGCAAGGCCGCCUCCGAGUUCUGCGCGCCCCUCACCUCCUUCGAUUGGAACGAGGUCGAGCCCCGCCGUAUCGGGACCGCCUCCAUCGACACCACCUGCACCGUCUGGGACAUCGAUCUCGGCGUCGUGGAGACGCAGCUCAUCGCGCACGACAAGGCCGUCCACGACAUCGCCUGGGGGGAGGCCGGGGUCUUCGCCUCCGUGUCGGCCGACGGCUCCGUCCGCGUCUUCGACCUCCGGGACAAGGAACACUCCACCAUCGUCUACGAGAGCCCCCGCCCCGACACGCCGCUCCUCAGGCUGGCGUGGAACCGCUCUGACCUCCGCUAUAUGGCCGCGCUGCUCAUGGACAGCAGCGCCGUCGUCGUGCUCGACAUACGUGCGCCCGGGGUGCCGGUGGCCGAGCUGCACCGGCACCGGGCGUGCGCCAACGCAGUCGCGUGGGCGCCGCAGGCCACUAGGCACCUCUGCUCGGCUGGGGACGACGGGCAGGCACUGAUCUGGGAACUGCCCGAGACGGCGGCGGGCGCGGCGGCUGUGCCCGCCGAGGGGAUUGAUCCUGUGCUAGUGUACGACGCAGGUGCCGAAAUAAACCAACUUCAGUGGGCGGCCGCCCACCCGGACUGGAUGGCCAUCGCCUUUGAGAACAAGGUCCAGCUUCUUAGGGUCUGACAAGAAAUUUUCUGAAGAAAGCUUGAUUAUCUGGAGCCCUGGGACUUGGAAACCAUCUGCUUGUAUUCAUCUUGUGUUGAGUCUGUUGACAAACCUCUUGACAUAAUUGCUACACCAUAAACCCCAGAAGCAGCCAUUCUGCUGAGCUCCGGCAAGCAAAGGAACCAUAUCUGUUCUAGGGUGCUACCUCUUUGUCUCGCGAAUGAAGUCGUCUUAAAUCUCAGCAAAAAAUCUACAUGUGCUAGCAGAUUUAUCUCUGAACUUCCUGUGAAUGUAGAAAUUUAUAGAGGUACUAGCUUUGACUCACUGCCGCAAUGGCCCAAAAUGGGUUAGAACAUAAUUUGGCCAUUCUCAUUGUUUUGGCCUUGUUCUGUUCUCCAGUAGUCCAGUUUGGUCCGUUACUUUCUCAGUUUAUAGCCAUGAAUGAAACUCCUUAAGUUUUAGGGGCAAGUAAACUGGUCUUGUAUCAUAGUGUUCUCCUCAUGUAAUUUCAUGUAAUCUUGAUUUAAUAGACGAUCCCUUCGAGAUAAACUGUCAUGUACCAUAGGUUUGAUCUUGAGACAAUUUAAUGCCGAUGUAUCAUAGUCUAUCUUUAAGCUGUUUUUACGUGCCCUUAUGUAUGAGGUACGCAA